CCCCUCUAACUCAGAUUGGGGAGCAAACCAGCCAAUAACAGCUGGUCUCUCAUUCGGAUUUACACAUCAUCUGGCUCGUUGUUGGGGCUCAGACAGGUAACCGAAGCAGCCAAUAAACGCAGAGGUUGCAGGGGGACAAGAGGAGUCUAGUCUACUGAAGGCGGGAAUACAAGCUGCUCAGUGUUUCUGGGGGGUCUUUAGACGGACCGCUAGAAAAUGGGUAGGUGACUCAGCCGAUCACUAAGGCAACUGCUGCUCACUAUUUAACUCUCCUACGCCUUCAUUCCAGCUGCUGCUUAAAUGUCACUUCACCUGGAACUACAGGUGUGAAAACAGGUCAGCCAAUCGAGUAACAGCUCUGCACUAAAGGUGUGAGGACUGAUCCAAUCAGAAAAGAGCUCUCAGCACUUGGAGAGAAUACACCAGCUUGUGUAGCCCAUCAACUCCAGACAUUUUGGUGUGUCUGGCUUGCUGAGUAAGGCUGCAGUUUAGGAGUGGGAUAUUAAAGACUUGUGUUGGGGGCAGUAGCCCCCAACUAGCCACUGCAUAACAGAAGCCCAAGGAGUGGCAGUGGCCCGGGGACCCACCAUCCCUUCAUCCCAAACCAGACAAGGAGCCACAGAUCCGGGACAGCCGGACACUGACCUCCAUGAAUGGAAAUCGGAACCACAGGACCCGUGGGGGCUCAGCCCUUUUUCAUGGUGCCCAGACGGCCUGGCUAUGGCACCAUGGGCAAGCCCAUCAAGCUGCUGGCCAACUGCUUCCAGGUGGAAAUCCCAAAGAUUGACGUCUACCUCUAUGAGGUGGAUAUUAAGCCAGAUAAAUGUCCUCGAAGAGUCAACAGGGAGGUUGUCGAUUCCAUGGUCCAGCAUUUCAAAGUCACAAUAUUUGGAGACCGCCGACCAGUUUACGAUGGCAAAAGGAGCCUCUACACAGCCAAUCCUCUUCCUGUAGCGUCUACUGGGGUGGAUUUAGAUGUAACCUUACCAGGAGAGGGCGGCAAAGACCGCCCCUUCAAAGUCUCAAUCAAGUUUGUCUCUAGAAUAAGCUGGCAUUUGCUGCAUGAAGUCCUAACAGGGCGAUCUUUGCCUGAACCCCUGGAAUUGGACAAGCCAAUUAGCACUAAUCCAGUCCACGCAGUUGAUGUGGUGCUACGACAUCUGCCCUCCAUGAAGUACACCCCUGUAGGACGUUCCUUCUUCUCUGCGCCUGAAGGAUAUGACCAUCCUCUAGGAGGAGGGAGAGAAGUAUGGUUUGGUUUUCAUCAGUCUGUUCGGCCUGCCAUGUGGAAAAUGAUGCUAAAUAUUGAUGUUUCCGCCACUGCCUUUUACAAAGCACAACCCGUUAUUCAGUUCAUGUGUGAAGUUCUCGACAUCCAUAACAUUGACGAACAACCCCGACCUCUGACCGAUUCUCACCGGGUAAAAUUCACCAAAGAGAUCAAGGGUCUGAAGGUUGAAGUGACUCAUUGUGGAACAAUGAGGCGGAAAUACCGUGUUUGCAAUGUGACGAGGAGGCCUGCCAGCCAUCAAACCUUCCCCUUACAGUUGGAGAAUGGACAGACCGUUGAAAGGACGGUCGCUCAGUACUUUAGGGAAAAGUACAACCUCCAGCUAAAGUACCCUCAUUUGCCCUGCCUGCAAGUUGGUCAGGAGCAGAAACACACAUACCUGCCUCUUGAAGUUUGUAACAUAGUGGCCGGCCAGCGAUGCAUCAAAAAGCUGACUGACAAUCAGACCUCCACCAUGAUCAAAGCCACCGCCAGGUCUGCCCCAGACAGGCAGGAGGAGAUCAGCCGACUGGUUAGAAGUGCAAAUUAUGAUGCUGACCCGUUUGUUCAGGAGUUUCAGUUUAAAGUGCGAGAUGAAAUGGCCCACGUGACUGGAAGAGUACUUCCUGCUCCCAUGUUACAGUACGGUGGGAGGAAUCGUACUGUAGCAACUCCAAGCCAUGGGGUGUGGGAUAUGCGGGGAAAACAGUUCCACACUGGUGUGGAAAUAAAAAUGUGGGCUAUCGCAUGUUUUGCAACACAGAGGCAGUGCAGAGAAGAAAUUUUGAAGGCAUUUACAGACCAGCUUCGUAAGAUUUCCAAGGACGCGGGAAUGCCCAUCCAAGGCCAACCGUGCUUCUGUAAAUAUGCUCAGGGUGCUGAUAGUGUGGAACCCAUGUUCAGACACCUCAAAAACACGUAUUCCGGGCUCCAGCUCAUCAUUGUCAUCCUGCCAGGAAAAACUCCUGUGUAUGCCGAGGUAAAGCGCGUUGGGGACACAUUGCUGGGAAUGGCCACACAGUGCGUUCAAGUAAAGAAUGUAAUAAAAACUUCUCCUCAAACCCUCUCAAACCUGUGCCUAAAAAUUAACGUCAAACUGGGAGGGAUUAACAAUAUAUUGGUACCGCACCAACGACCGUCUGUGUUCCAACAACCUGUGAUCUUCUUAGGAGCAGAUGUCACGCACCCUCCUGCUGGGGAUGGCAAGAAACCUUCAAUUGCUGCUGUUGUAGGCAGUAUGGAUGCCCACCCAAGCCGCUAUUGUGCUACAGUUAGAGUGCAGCGCCCUCGACAGGAGAUCAUCCAUGACCUAGCGUCCAUGGUGAGGGAACUUCUCAUCCAGUUCUACAAGUCCACGCGCUUCAAACCUACACGGAUUAUAUUUUAUCGAGAUGGGGUUUCCGAGGGUCAGUUCAGACAGGUGUUAUAUUACGAGCUGCUAGCAAUCAGAGAAGCCUGUAUAAGUCUCGAGAAGGAUUAUCAGCCUGGGAUCACCUACAUUGUGGUCCAGAAACGCCAUCACACAAGGCUGUUUUGUGCUGACCGGACUGAACGGGUUGGAAGAAGUGGAAAUAUCCCAGCGGGGACCACAGUGGAUACGGAUAUUACACAUCCGUAUGAGUUUGAUUUUUACCUCUGCAGCCAUGCUGGAAUACAGGGUACCAGCAGGCCUUCUCACUAUCAUGUCUUGUGGGAUGAUAACUGUUUCACUGCUGACGAACUCCAGCUGCUGACCUACCAGCUGUGCCACACGUAUGUGCGCUGCACGCGCUCAGUCUCCAUCCCGGCACCUGCCUACUAUGCCCACCUUGUGGCAUUCAGAGCCAGGUACCACUUGGUGGACAAGGAGCAUGACAGCGCCGAAGGAAGCCACGUUUCUGGACAAAGCAAUGGGCGGGACCCACAAGCCCUUGCCAAGGCUGUGCAAAUUCACCAGGACACCUUACGCACCAUGUACUUCGCAUGAAAGUGACAAUACCCCCACCCCAAACACGCACAGGUUUGACUUGCUGCAAGGAAUCUGGCGGAUCUGCCACCUGGUUUUCCUGGGCGUAAGGUGACGGUUCACUUUCGCAGGCACCCCCCCCCCUUCCCACCACUCCCCAGUGCUCCCCUCUGGCUCGCACUGAAGCCCAGGAGCAGUGAUUUGAAGGCAGGGCUAGUUCUCUGCAUUGAAGAUCGUUGAUGAACACAGCACUAUUAUGCAAUAUGAAACCAGCCAACUGCUAGAUUGUUGUAAUGGAGCCUCCACUCGGAUGCACUGCUUUAUGUUUUGUCGAUUUUACUUUCUGAUAUUUUAGCCCUUUUAUGCCUUUACCUCAAAUUGCUCUGCAGCACUAGCUGUCUUUGCAAAGACAAAAAAAACAAAACACAAGGUAACCAGAAGAAAAA